AUGUCUUCAGAAUCAGCUCAAUUCAAACGCUAUGUCAUCGUUGGCAUGGGCGUUCGCUCAGCCAUGUACUACCAAGCUAUCAUCCAAGACUUCAAGGAUGUAGCCAAGCUGGUCGGCAUCUGCGACACAAACCAGACUCGUAUGGAUGUGGCCAACGACCAUAUCGUCGAGCUUGGGGGUGAGAAAGUUCCGACUUAUAAGGACACCGACUUUGAAAAGAUGGUGCAAGAGCAAAAGGCAAAUGUUGUCAUCGUAACAACAAUUGAUCUGUUCCACCAUCAUUACUGCAUUCGCGCUAUGGAAUUGGGCUGCGAUGCUAUCACGGAGAAGCCAAUGACCAUUGAUGAGCAUAAACUCCAGGCCAUGAUCGACGCAGAGAAGAAGACCGGCAAGCAAGUCCGCGUGCUCUUCAACUACCGCUAUGCUCCACACCACACCAAAGUGCGAGAGCUUAUCGACUCUGGCGUCAUCGGCGAGAUCUCAACAGUGCACAUGGACUGGAUCCUCGACUGCGCCCACGGAGCAGAUUUUAUGCGCCGCUGGCAUCGCCACAAGGAGACCAGCGGCGGUAUCCAGAUGCACAAGUCAAUCCACCAUUUCGACCUCGUGCACUUCUGGCUCAACACCGAACCCGAGCUGGUCUACUGCCUCGGCGAUCUCCGCUUCUACGGCAAAGAGAAUGCUGAACGACGCGGCGAGAAGAACCUCGGCGAGAGAUAUCAGAACAACGACAAUGCCAAGAACGACCCUUUUGCGUUCCAGCUUGACGACAACGAGCGCAUGAAGAAGCUGUACCUCGACGCGGAGCACGAAGAUGGCUACAUCCGCGACAGGAACUGCUUCGCGGAGGGCAUCACCAUCGAGGACAACCUCUCCAUGAUAAUCAAGUACACGAACCGCGCGGUCAUGACAUACAACACAUACGCCUACGCGCCCUGGGAGGGCUACCGGUGUGUCUUCAACGGCAGCAAGGGCCGCAUCGAAGUCAACGUCGUCGAGAGCGGGUACAACCCCCUCGGCGACCCAGUGACGAAGGACUCCGAGGGCGAGGAUGAGAACUACAUCCAGGGCGGAGUUGAGCAGACCAAGAUUGUUGUCUAUCCUUUGUUUGACAAGCCUUAUGUUGUGGAUGUUGUCAAGGGGGAGGGCGGCCAUGGCGGUGGAGAUCCGGUUUUGUUGAAGGAUGUUAUCCUGGGUAAUCAGUCGGAUGACUUUAAGCGGGCUGCGUAUAUUCGUGAUGGAGGAAAUGCGGUUUUGGUUGGUGUUGGGGCGAAUCAUUCGAUGAAAUCUGGAAUGCCUGUCAAGGUGCAGGAUUUGGUGAAAUGGUAA